GGGGGAGGUCGGGGUUCAGCUGAACUGCCCACUUCACCCACUUUCAGCGAGCUGUGAGCUUUUCCGUGUGCGGUGUUGUGUAGCAGCUCCGAGUUGAAAAAACAGUUGUCAUCUCAAAGUGCGUUGACGAAUCUUGUUUUGUAUUUCCGAGCAGUUGUAGAAGUCAGUCAGCAGUAUCAUGCCUAGGCAGCCUCCCAAGAUGAAGAUGAAGUUGAGUGAAAGGGGAAAGAAGUGGGAGAGGACUAUCUCUCCAGGGGAAUCCCUUUCCUCAUCAGGUGAUGAGGCACCUCAUCAAUUUGCAGUACCUCCGAUAGGCAUCCCUUCAAGGAUAAGGGACAAAACCUCCCAGUUGCACAUAUCUUCUCAGGCCACAGCAGCAGAUGCCAGUGCAACAGCAUCAUGGAUUGCCACACCUUUGCUCACCAGCCCCCCAAGUGUAACUUUGUUGACAAAGUCUCCCAGUCCAAAGGCAGCCAAAGCCACUGCCAAGACGCCAAGGGCCCCCAGACAAGACUUCGUGCUAUCUGAAGAAGAAGAAAAAGUCAUGUUUGAGUGGCUUGAGGCAACCGAAGAGGUUUGGAACGCAAAGAAGGCUGGUUAUCAUAAACAUGAUGUCAAACAAGGACUUUGGGAGGCCCAGGCCAAAGUUAUGAACAAGAGUGCUGAACAUCUGAUUGGGUGGUUUAAGAGUGUCUGUGACAUGAACACUCGGCUCAUCGAGAAGUGGAAAGAGAAGACGGGGGACAGAGAUGAUGAUGAUGAAAUCUGGACAGAACGGCAACGGUUCAUAAUGGCAUCCAUGAAAUUCAUGGAUAGGGUGGUUUGUCAUCAGCUGAAACCAGUCAGAAAUGUGGAGGAUAUUGUCCUUGAGCAGUCAGGUACCUUAGUUGCUGCUGAAGCUGCUGCUGCACUGGAGGCCGCGGACAUAGACUCUGAAGGUGAACCGAGGGCUUCCACUUCAGCUGGUCCAAGAAGGCGAAGUAUCAAAGAAGGUGAGAUGGACAAAAUGUUACAGUUAAUGCAGGAACGAACGGAGGAGAGUCAUGCUGGCAUGGAAGAACUGCGAAAGUGCAAAGAGCAGCACCCCAGCACAGCUAGGAACGCCUUCACAGCCUAUGUCCAGGACUCCUUAAACACCAUGUCAGAAUGGAGCUACAGAAAUGCAAAGGAUGAAGUCUACCUGGUGUUGAAAAAGUAUGAAGAUGGCCCUGAAGAGGAAAGGGUCAAGCAGCAGCAGCAACAACAACCGCAGUUCCAACAGCAACUACCUCACCACCACAUGAGGCCACUACACACUGUCCUGCCUGUCCGAGGACUGCAGCCAGCUAGCCAGCAAAAAGCAUCAUCUGUUUGUGGGACAGGACUCCAACCCAUGCCAGCUCAGUGGGCUGCAGUACCUCCUUGGAUGGAUGCAGAGCUCUGGCAGUCACAGAACAUCAAGUGUAUGCAGGCUGUGGAUCCAAACCUGUAUCCCACAUCUUCAAGUUCUGGCAGGAUGGAAAGUGCCACCCAGAGUGCUUCAGUGUCUGGGGUGAUGUCCAGAAUCAGGUUUGUUCUGGAGGCUGAGGAUGAUGUCAACCUUUCAGCUAUGUCUUUUCCAUCACUCAGCACAUCCUAGCUCCAGACACCCAACACCAUCCUGCUUGACAACAUUGUCUACGGCAGAUGACGACCAACAUAAUAAUAAUGACGGAUCCACAUUUAACAAAAAGGGAGGAGAGACUCU